UACACCGAAAUCCAAUCCACAGUUUUCGCCCCCUUUUCUCUUUCUCUCUCUAAAAACCAUAAAUACCCUCUCCUCUCUCCCCUCUCUCUCAUCACACACAAUCUCCCCACACCACCAACCCCAACCCACCCAAACCGUCGUCAUCAACCAAAAUGGCCGGUUUCAUCUCAAAAUCCAAAACCCUCAUCCCCUCAAAACUCCCCAACCCCUCCGCUUUCAUGGCGACAUCGCUCCGCCACCGCUCCUCACGCGCCGCCACGAAACCCCAGUUACUCGAAAUCGAUACAUCGUCCACAUCAUUAUCAUCGGAGGGUGAACACGAGAUGACACUGAAGCUGUUUGAUGAUUUGAUCCAUAGAAUUCUGGUGAAGAAAGCCACGCCAGAUUGGUUGCCUUUUGUUCCUGGAUCUUCUUUUUGGGUCCCGCCACGACCUACUCCUUCUAAUGUUGUUCAUUUGGUUCAUAAGCUUACGGAUGCCGAAAAGCAACAGCCUUUGGUUAAUGAUGAGGCGAUUUCGCUUUCUAAUCUUCGUGGGUGGCCUUCCUCCAAUUACUUCAUUAAAGGGAAUGUUCAUGGCGGGGAUAGUGGUGUGGAGUUGAAUAUCCCAGAAGGGAUGGAUGGGCCAGUAAAAGUGAAAGUUAUGACGCUUCCAGAACAUUUACCUCAUUCCGAAGAUGAGGAUGAGCCAUAACUUAAUUCAACCAGUUGCUCUGGAUUUUCAUGGUGCAGCCUAAGCUCAACUAGAAGUCCAAAAGAAAGCGAGGAAACAUAUAACUACGCGGUUUGGAUUUUGAGAAGGGUAAUGCAAGCAAAUGGAAAUUUCCGCAGAUGUAGCACGGGUGAUGGUUCAGGAAUUAACCUUCUCACACUACUUGGUCUCAACUUUGAUCUGUUUGAUCAGUAUAUGUUGAUUACUUAAAAUGUUGUUACUGUUGAAUCUUUGUAGAGUGAAAUGUAUGUAUUUAUUGAACUAAUAAUGUUGAAACUUGGAGCAUUCCUCGGAACUAGCAGGCACAGGCUCAGGCUCAGUUUAAUGCAUAUACUAUGUUGUACAUAUAUAUAUUAAUAAACAUUUCCUUUGAUUAUUAGCA